CGGGCCUUGGUUUGUGGAGAAUGCCUCACUGGUUUUUUAAGUCGAGGUUGAAACCAUCCUUUGAUGGCGCACUUAUUCAUUCUGGCGUUUUGGCAAGAAUGACCCGUGAACACGGACCCAGGCCGUGAAUCUCAUCGACAAAGAAUACAUCCUCAAUCCGGCCCACCAGUCCUGCAAUGGUGCAGUAGAUACAACACAACAGCAGAUAUGUUGUAACACAACAGCAGUGUGUCCUCCUGCGCAUAUUUGAUGAUGUUGGAAGCCUGGAAAUCAAAUCUCCACCCCGUUUACUGUUCAGGCGAAGGCCUUUAGCUGCUUGAAGAUAACCCCAUGUAUCUCAACAGAUCUCAACAAGGGAGGUGAAGAAUGAAAAGGCUCCAAACUUUGGGCCUUACAGAGUGCAUGUUUCCUUUCGUUAAUUAUAUCCUUUUUCGGAUCUGUGAGGAAGACAUCAGACAGAUUCAGACAGCUCCCUGCGAAGAAACACGUUUUCUUCAGAGCCGAUCCCAUGAAUUUAUCUCUCGGUGUCGCCUUUUCGCAGUCAAGUUUCCUUGCUGGUUCAGGUAUUCUGCAUGCAUCUUCUUCACCCUAGCGACCAUGGUCUUUUCAGGCCGAGUACAUUCAGUGUAUCAUCGAGGCUACUUCUACGGCUUCACUCGCCACACCGUCUUCACCAUCUUACUGCAAGCAGUCGCCGGGCUAACAGUCUCAAGGAUUCUCAAGUAUGCCGAUGCAGUUCAGAAGAAUGUUGCAGCCUCCUUGCGGGGACCCAUCCUGGUGUGCGUUUCGCCCCUGGUUGGAUCCAUGGCGAAUACACAGACCUUGCUCUCCGCCCUCCUGGUGAGCUGUGGCUGCACGAUCUACCUACUGCAGGGACCUCUGAGCGCAAGUGAGAGUAAGGCUGAGCAAACCGGGCAAACGAGGUAGAUCAGAUGGCUGUGGGUCAUGGCACCAGGAUACCUUCGUUGACCUACCUGGAAGGUCAAGCUACCUGAUGGACCCUCCAAGUUUUAACCCCUCCGCAGAUAAGAUCAUUGGAGAUCAUACGUAUCGUUUUGCUGGCUUAUGCUGAAGGAGCAAUUAUCUAUUUCAGCGAGCUGGGUGGAGAGAAACAUAACUCAUACUUCUUGUGGCAGACCAAGGAGGAGCUAGACCUAACGGCCUGACUCUUUUGCCACUUGAAGCCAACAAUGCAUCGAAGCAG